AUGGUGGGGCAACAAAGAUCCAUUGGUGGUGUCAAGACAUGCCGCAUUCAUGAUUUGUUGCAUGUGUUUUGUCUGAGAAAAGCCAAAGAUCAAAAUUUUCUACAGUUUAUGCGAGGGUAUGAUGUGCUUCAUAAAGUUGAGGAGCCAUACAACCUAUGUCGGUUAUCCAUUUACUCCCAACCAAAGCAUUUUGUGAAAUCAAGGAUAUUUUGUCCCCGCAUGCGCUCUCUACUAUAUUCUUCUCGUGGUGGUGGGAGCCAUGAAGUGUUAGACCAUUUGUCCUUCAUUUUUCACUUGAAACUUCUUAGAGUGUUGGAUCUAGGACAGAUUAGUCUAGGUUCUGCUUUCCCGACUGAAUUGAGCUUGCUAGUGGAGCUGAGGUAUUUGGCAGUUCUAGGUUGGUUCAAGGACAACAUUCCAUCAUCACUAGAAAAACUCUCAAAAUUGGAAACUCUUUUUGUGACAACAUACUAUUUUGAUGUUGGUCUUUUGUUAUUUCUGGAUACUUUGAUGAAAAUGCAGAAAUUGAGACAUCUACAUGUAUGUGGAGCUUUGAUUGAUCUUAGGUUGGCCAAUGACAACAUUGAAUAUUCCUCCAUUUUAUACAGUUUAGAUACUUUUUCCACUGUAAAGCUUUAUGUGGGGCAAAGCAUGGAAAAGGUGAUGGGAAAGUUUCCAAAUAUCCGUGAACUAAAAUGCUGUCUCCAGCAAUCAGAAGAAUCUUCUGAUGACAGCAACAUGAUUGUGGCAAUGGACUCUCUAAGUCAACUAGAAUCACUAAAGCUGGUUCUAGGUAAAGUGGCUUCCCAUCUAAUUGAAUUCCAUCUUCCCUUGAAUAUUAAAAAGCUGACUGUGGAGGACUUUUCAUUUAGAACUAUUGCCACAAUAGCAAAGCUUCCAAAUCUUCAGGUUCUCAAAUUACUCCGACAAGCUGAUGGAGCAAACGAAUGGGACAUGGAAGGCAUGGACGAAGAGGAAUUCUUCCCUGAGCUCAAGUUCUUGAAAUUGGAAGACUUGAGCAUGGUCACGUGGAGAGGCUCAGGACUUCAUUUUCCCAGUCUUGAGAAAUUGGUUUUGGAAGGUUGCAAGGAGUUGGAAGAGCUCCCUUCCUGUUUAUGGGAAACCUUAACUCUUCAAUUGAUUGCGGUGCAUCGAUGUCUAUACUCUGCCGGAGAUGUAGUUCGAGAUAUUCAGAAACAACAGAUAGACUAUGGAAAUAAGUAUCUGAAAAUCCUUAUCUCAGAAGAAAUUGAGGAUACUUUGUCAUGGUCAGAUGGAGAUUAUGAGGGAUGA